AUGUUCUUCGAUAAAGAUGACGAUGAUCAGGACUUUUUGUCUCCAUCUGGAGGAUCAAAAUUGGCUUCUUUGUUUGGAAUGGACACAACACAUAACAAGGGAGGCAAUGAAUCCCUUACCUAUACAGCUCCCAAGCAACCAAAGAAAGAAAAUCUGACCACUGGACCUCCAGGAAAUGCUCCAGAUUUGACCAUGGCAUGCAUUGUACAAACUUAUAAAUAUGUUGAGAAUGACUAUAAACACCAAGGAAAAUUGGGGGCUGCGAUUUUAUCAAAUUAUGCUACAUCUGAUUAUCGAAUUCUAUUGUACAUUUCCAAACAGAAACAAGUUACAAAUGUCCAGAUAUCAAAAAACUUUGCAUUCACUAUGCAAGCCAACAAUUAUGCCGUGUUCUAUGAUGCUAGUCGUCAGGGUUGGUCUAUCUUGUUUGAAUCACAACAAAUUGCUCACAAGUUUGGAAAAGAGGUGGCACUUGCAAAGGCAAAUUCUUGUGCUGGUUCCUUAGAUUCUGUGAUCAUCCAAGAUUUAACACCAGGUGAAGGAGGCUCUUUGGAAGUUGGGGAUUCAGCAGAAGUGAAAUAUUCUGGGUGGCUAUACACUAAUCACAAACUGGGGCAGAUGUUUGAUUCCAAUAUCAAUUCAGACAAGCAAUUCCGAUUCAAACUUGGCAAAGGAAAAGUAAUUAAGGGAUGGGAAACUGGAAUUGUUGGAAUGAAGAAAGGUGGACGUCGAUUUCUCAUUGUGCCUCCUGGUUUAGCUUAUGAGCAUCUACACCAGGGGUCAUCAAAAUUUCUUUCUUUCCUUCUUUCUUUCCUCCCUUCCUUCUUUCUUUCCUCCCUUCCUUCUUUCUUUCCUCCCUUCCUUCUUUCUUUCCUCCCUUCCUUCUUUCUUUCCUCCCUUCCUUCUUUCUUUCCUCCCUUCCUUCUUUCUUUCCUCCCUUCCUUCUUUCUUUCCUCCCUUCCUUCUUUCUUUCCUCCCUUCCUUCUUUCUUUUCUUAUUUCUCUUUCUUUUUUUUUUCCUUUCUUUUCUUCCUCCUUUCUUUCUUUCAUCUUUUUUGUGAAAUUGGCCCAUGGCGACAGUACAACACCUGAGCGACCAAAUGCUGAAAACAGUGCACCCCAGGCACAGGCAACCACUGACUCCAAUAACAGUAGAGAUACAGAUGGUGCUCCAACUGAAGAAACGGUCAAAUCACGAUCAAGAUCCAUUAAUGAACAGUUGGCACAGUCUCCCAAAAGUGAUAAGGCCCGUCUCAUCUCACGUAUGGCAAAGAUGGGUCAGCCCAUGUUACCUAGGGUUGGUACUAUUCCUGCAACUACUACCGACAGUGAAGGAGAAGAAAUUCCUGUAUCUUCCCCACCUGAUGGUGAUAUUGUGCCUCCAAAUAAGCCAGAACCUCCGCAGAAAUCUUCAUGUCAGUCUGCAGGAAAUUCUCAGGCAAAAGUUCACACAACCAAUGCAAUGCCCAUGCAUUCUAAUCCAUAUUCCCUAGGACUUCCUACCACCCAGCAACUUGCUGUCUACCAGAAUCCUCAUGUGCCACCCCAGACAAAUGCCAUAUCUUCAGGAAUGCACCCACAGAUCUCUCCUGUUCAUCCAAUGGCACCAUUUCAGACCACACCACCCCAGCCACUGUAUAAUCAUCAACCAUACCCUCAACAAACUUAUCCUGCCCCUGUAAGUUCAGCUGAUGUACAUGUUCCAGUUAUUUUAUCCGAAUCCCGACAGCACAGUGCUGAAAUGCGCCUUGCCAUGUCCAGUGUCUCUGAAAAGGUUGAUAAAAUUCUCAAUAAGCUGGAAAACUCGGGUGGGCCUGGUUACCUCAGUACUACCCCUUCCAUGGAGACUUCAAUAUUAAUGCAAAAUAUUCAACGAAUUGUGCAGGAGAAUGAACAUCUAAAGAAAGAAUUGACUGAGUGUGGGAUGAAGGUUGAAACCCAAAAUAGCAAAAUUGCUGAACUUCUGCAACAGAACCAAAAGUAA